UCUCUCUCUCUCUUGACUAUUUUCUCCGUGUUUUCUCUCUCUAGUCUUUCCUUCAGAACCAGACAGGGAUUUGGAGAGAGGAAAGAAAUGGGAAUUCCGGCGAGACGUGGUGGUGGUGGAGGUGGCGGAGGAGUGGUGGGGGUCGAUAUGCUGAGUGACAGAGCAGCACAGAUGAGAGAGGCUCUGGUGAAGAGCCAGUCAAUCACGGACAAUAUGGUCUCGAUUUUGGGCUCCUUUGACCACCGCCUCUCCGCCCUUGAAACCGCCAUGCGCCCGACCCAGAUUAGAACACAUGCGAUUCGGAGGGCUCAUGAAAACAUUGAUAAAACUCUGAAGGCUGCUGAGGUCAUAUUAUCACAAUUUGACAUUUCUCGCCAGGCUGAAGCAAAAAUACUUAAAGGGCCACAUGAGGACCUAGAGAGUUAUCUUCAAGCAAUUGAUCAGCUAAGGAAAAACAUUCAAUUUUUCAGCAACAACAAAAGCUUCAAGAGUAGUGAUGGAGUGCUCAACCACACGAAUAAUUUACUUGCCAAAGCUAUAUCAAAGCUGGAAGAGGAGUUCAAACAACUUUUGUCGUCUUACAGCAAAGCUGUGGAACCGGAACGACUUUUUGAGUGCCUCCCCAAUUCUAUGCGGCCAUCAUCAGGAUCACCCGGAGAUUCUAGCAGCAAACUUCCAUCAUCAAAUAGUCAUUCUGAUCAAAACAAUAGUGCAGAAAACUCUGUAUAUACUACACCAACACUAAUUCCACCUCGAAUUUUGCCUUUGUUGCAUGAUUUAGCGCAACAGAUGGUUCAAGCUGGAAACCAACAGCAGUUACAGAAAAUAUACAGGGAUACCCGUUCUCCAGUUUUGGAAGAAAGCCUUCGCAAAUUAGGAGUAGAAAAGCUUAGCAAAGAUGAUGUUCAAAAGAUGCAAUGGGAAGUUUUGGAAGCUAAGAUUGGGAAUUGGAUUCAUUUUAUGCGAAUUGCUGUCAAGUUGUUGUUUGCUGGAGAACGUAAAGUUUGUGAUCAAAUUUUUGAGGGCUUUGAUCCUCUCAUGGAUCAAUGCUUUGCUGAAGUUACUGCUGGGAGUGUUGCAGUGCUACUUAGCUUUGGAGAUGCUAUUGCCAAAAGCAAGCGAUCCCCUGAAAAGUUAUUUGUGCUUUUAGAUAUGUAUGAAAUCAUGAGAGAGCUUCACUCAGAGAUAGAAGCUCUUUUUAGAGGUAAAGCUUGCAAUGAUAUUAGAGAAUCUGCCUUGGGAUUGACAAAAAGGCUUGCCCAAACUGCACAAGAGACUUUUGGUGACUUUGAAGAAGCAGUUGAAAAGGAUGCUACUAAAACUGCUGUUGCAGAUGGGACUGUCCACCCUCUGACAAGCUACGUGAUUAACUAUGUGAAAUUCUUGUUUGACUACCAAUCAACAUUGAAGCAACUUUUCCAAGAAUUUGAAAAUGGAGAUGGUUCAAAUUCUCAGCUGGCUGCUGUUACAAUGCGAAUCAUGCAGGCUCUUCAAACCAACUUGGAUGGGAAAUCUAAACAAUAUAGAGAUGCCUCUCUGACUCACCUGUUUCUCAUGAAUAACAUUCAUUAUAUGGUCAGAUCAGUCCGCAGAUCUGAAGCCAAAGAUUUGUUAGGGGAUGAUUGGGUUCAGAGACAUCGGAGAAUUGUGCAGCAACAUGCAAAUCAGUAUAAGAGGAUUGCUUGGGCAAAGAUUCUUCAGUGCCUUUCGGUUCAAGGCCUGACAUCAUCUGGAGGUGGUAGUGCUGUUAGUGCUGAUGGAGGAAAUAGUAGUGGAGUUUCUAGAGCAAUCAUCAAGGACAGAUUGAAGACAUUUAAUAUCCAAUUUGAAGAGCUUCAUCAAAGACAAUCUCAGUGGACUGUUCCAGACACGGAGCUUCGGGAAUCUCUGAGGCUUGCUGUUGCUGAAGUUUUGCUUCCAGCAUACCGAUCUUUCAUUAAACGUUUUGGGCCAUUGGUUGAGAACGGUAAGAACCCCCAGAAGUACAUUAGAUACACGCCAGAGGAUCUCGAACACAUGCUUGGUGAAUUUUUUGAGGGCAAGACAUUGAAUGAGCCAAAACGUUAGAUUUUGAUUCAGCUCUACUCUUCACCAUAGGCUUUUCGGUCCUUGGAUCUUAUCAUCACCUUCAGAUGCAUUAGAGCCCAAUUUCUACCCGUGGAUUGACAGGUGUUCUUGCUGUGCAACCUAUACAAAAUGUUGCGGUCGCAUACAAUAACAGAGGAAUAAGGUAAAAAGAAGAUGUAGGGUUGUCUUGGAAGCAUCAUGUCAAUAAUAUGGAUCCUUGUAUAUCCUUGUGUUGUUUUUCCCAUGUCUAUUAUCAAGAAUUUGAAGCUGUUUACUUGUGUUGUAGUAUUGUACAGUGAAGUGUUUUGACAGAUCACCUGUUCUUUGGUGGAGAAUGAUUUUUCAAAGUUACUAGCUAUUAUCUUCAUAUGUGAAAUUCAUAGCCUAAAACUAUUGUUAGAUUGGAGGAGUGGGUGGUGAAAACCAAACCACGAGUUCUCGUGGCAAUUGAAUUUGCCAGAACUUUGGUUAAGUGGGAAAUGACUUGAUGUUAUAUGUGUCCGUUAUCGUUCAAGUUCAUACAUUA